ACCCUCCAAGGAAAAUAAAAAGAAAUUUCUAGGUUUCAAUUCCAAUUCCAAUUCCAAUUUUCUUUUUCUUUCUCAGAUCUGAUUUCUAAUUUCCCCACUCAAAUUGCAUUUCCACGACAAACCAAUCCAAUCAAAUCAAACUCCCAGAAAAUCUCGUGAGUCUCAAUUUUACAAAGAUGUUUCGUUUCGAGCAGGGAAAGAACCCUAAUAAAACGAUUUGAUUUUCCCUCUUUCGUUUUAUUUUUGUUUUUUUUGGAUUUUCGAUCGUGAAGCUGUUGCUAUGGCCGACGCUCUCUCGGUGAUUCCGGCUGCCGUGCUCCGUAACCUCGGCGACAAGCUCUACGAGAAGCGGAAGAAUGCAGCUCUUGAGAUUGAGGGUAUAGUGAAGCAGCUUGCUGCUAAUGGGGAACAUGAUAAGAUAACUGCUGUGAUCAAUUUGUUGACUACGGAAUUCACUUACUCGCCACAAGCAAAUCACCGCAAGGGAGGGUUGAUAAGCUUAGCUGGUGCUACUGUUGGGCUGUCUACUGAAGCUGCUCAGCAUCUUGAGCAAAUUGUGCCUCCUGUGUUAAAUUCGUUCUCUGAUCAAGAUAGUAGAGUUCGUUAUUAUGCUUGCGAAGCACUAUAUAACAUAGCUAAGGUUGUGAGAGGAGAUUUUAUUAUAUUCUUCAACCAGAUCUUUGAUGCCUUAUGCAAGCUUUCUGCAGACUCAGAUGCCAAUGUACAGAGUGCUGCUCAUCUCUUAGAUCGUCUCGUAAAGGAUAUUGUGACUGAAAGUGAUCAGUUCAGUAUUGAAGAAUUUAUACCGUUGUUGAGGGAGCGCAUGAAUGUAUUGAAUCCUUAUGUCCGCCAAUUUUUGGUAGGAUGGAUUACUGUAUUGGACAGUGUCCCAGAUAUUGAUAUGCUGGGUUUUCUUCCUGAUUUUCUUGAUGGUUUGUUUAAUAUGUUGAGUGAUUCAAGUCAUGAAAUACGUCAACAAGCUGAUUCAGCUCUUUCUGAGUUUCUUCAAGAGAUUAAAAACUCCCCAUCUGUAGAUUAUGGUCGAAUGGCUGAAAUACUGGUACAGAGGGCUGGUUCUCCAGAUGAAUUUACCAGGUUAACAGCUAUUACAUGGAUAAAUGAGUUUGUCAAACUUGGUGGAGAUCAACUUGUUCCAUAUUAUGCUGACAUUCUUGGAGCCAUUUUGCCUUGCAUUGCCGAUAAAGAAGAGAAAAUUAGAGUGGUUGCUCGUGAAACCAAUGAAGAGCUACGUGCUAUCAAGGCUGAUCCAGCUGAAGCGUUUGAUGUAGGAGCAAUCCUCUCCAUUGCUAGGAGGCAACUAUCUAGUGAAUGGGAGGCUACUCGAAUUGAAGCUUUGCACUGGAUAUCAACCCUUUUAAACAGACAUCGUACUGAGGUUUUGACAUAUCUGAAUGACAUAUUUGACACUCUUCUCAAAGCACUUUCAGAUCCAUCCGAUCAGGUUGUGCUUCUAGUUCUCGAUGUUCAUGCAUGCAUUGCAAGAGAUCCUCAGCACUUCAGGCAGCUUGUUGUUUUCUUAGUGCAUAAUUUCCGGCUGGAUAAUUCUCUUUUGGAGAAGCGCGGUGCUUUGAUAAUCCGUCGCCUUUGUGUGCUUUUGAAUGCUGAGAGAGUGUACCGCGAACUUUCUACAAUAUUAGAAGGAGAAUCCGAUUUGGAUUUUGCAUCCAUUAUGGUUCAGGCUUUGAAUUUGAUCUUACUUACAUCAUCGGAAUUAUCUGAGAUUCGAGAUCUUUUGAAGCAAUCACUGGUAAAUCCUGCUGGGAAGGACUUGUAUGUUUCUUUGUAUGCCUCUUGGUGUCAUUCUCCAAUGGCAAUUAUAAGUCUUUGCUUUUUAGCUCAGACUUACCAACAUGCAAGUGCCGUUAUUCAAUCUCUGGUAGAGGAGGAUAUCAAUGUCAAAUUUUUGGUCCAGCUGGAUAAAUUGAUUCGCUUGCUGGAAACGCCAAUCUUUGCUUAUCUUAGAUUGCAGCUUCUUGAACCUGGAAGAUAUUUAUGGUUAUUCAAAGCAUUGUACGGUCUUCUGAUGUUACUUCCCCAGCAAAGUGCCGCCUUUAAGGUACUGAAAACUCGUUUAAAAGCUGUGCCAUCGUAUACUUUAAAUGGUGAGCAUUUAAAGAGGACGCCUUCAGGGGAUCCCUACCAAUUUCUUCAUCUCAUGCCUGGUGGAUCUCAAUCUCAAACUAUUGAGGAUGGUGACUUAACUGAAAAUGGCGGGAGCUCACACAGUGGAAUAAAUUUUGCUGCAAGGCUACAACAGUUUCAGCAAAUGCAGCACCAGCAUCGGGUGCACACUAAAGCACAGACAAAGUCACGCAAUAUGUCUACUUCAGUACCAAAGGUUGCUGACGUCUGCAUAGGGGAAGAACCAAGGAUACCUCAGUCUGUUGACCUUAAUGUUCCUCCUUCAAGAUCAACAAAGAGAGGUCCAGGGCAGCUACCAUUAUAAUUCUAAAUGUUGAUUCUGCCCAUUUUGAGCUUUAAUCUAGUUCAUUUGAACUUUGAAUUGGGUCGGGUAUGAUUUGUAAAAUUGUAAAUCAUAGUAGCUCGUUUUAUUCUACUUGUUAGAGGUUGGGAUGGUGAAAAUCGGGUUUUGGAGUCAAGAUAAAGCUUGGGCUUUCCUGGGCUAUUCUUUUGACCUUAUAAACCGUGAUACCCACGUGGUUCAGUUGUUUUUAGUUGAAAACCAUGUGGGCUAGAGGGGAUAUUUUCUUCAAUAACGUUUCUUUUUUGUUUACCCGUUUAUCAAUUACUGCCAUAUGGUAUAUAAUAAGGAAUUAGCUACUUUCAUGUACAAAUUGCUAAUUUGGCGUAGUGUUACUGCACGAGUUCUA